AUGGACACAAUUGCAAUUUUGGUUUGCUACAAUGGAAAAUGGGUAACCUCAAAGAAGAUGUGCACAUAUGAAGGGGGUGACUCAAAAGGCAUAAUAGUUUCACAAAACAUCACGUUUGGUGAGCUUUUGGAACGGGUGCAUAGGAUUGUUAAUACAGACAACAGGGAAGACAAGCUUUGUUUAAAGUUCUUAGUUUCAAUAUCCUCGAAUGAGUGUAAGCAUAUCAGGAUUGAGGACAAUGAUGAUGUUAAAUUUUUUAUUAAGUACAUUUGUGACGUAAUUCCUUCGAAAGUGGCUCCUUUGCUGGUGAGCAUAGAAGACAGAGGAGUGACAAAUGUCGUAGGUGAUCGUAUGCAUAUCACAACGGAUAUGAGUCGGAUGGCCUGUUCUUCAAAUGCCAUAGUUGAAAGCAAUGGUGAUGUACAUGGUGAUUUUGGAACAGAAUAUUUAGACAUGAUUAAUUUUACAAGGGUGGAGGGAGUGCAUAGUGGUGAUAAUGGUACGGAAAUGAAUGGCUUGCAAAUGCACUCAGCCCCUUCUAUUUUGGCCCAUUUGGAGACAUUUUCACAAGUGGGUGUGGUGGGUUUCGGAACAAGGUCAGAACUUUCUAUUCAACAUAAUUGGAGGCAAAUAGGUGAACAAAACGUGCACAAUUUGGGUAUUGUAAAUGAUGAAGAAGAAGAUAUUGAAAGCACAUAUUCAUGGAAUAAUUGGGAUCCAAAAUUGGAAGUUGGGAAAAUUUUCUCUAGUAAGGAAGCCCUGUCCAACAAGUUAUAG